UCUCCCCCCAGCUGUCGGACGCCCACGCCAGCAUGAUGACCACUAAGGGCCUGUCGGGCAGUCGUAGCCACCACCACGCCAUGACCUGUGACCCCUCCUACGACCCCAUGUCCCUUGAGGGGGCUUCGGCCCACCGGCCAUACUUCCUGGGCGGGGAGCGGGACAGCCACCCGGCGGACCACCCCUACUACGCCCAGCGUGGCGCCGCCCCCGACCUGGCCAGCUGCACCUUCCCGCGGCGCUACGCCUCCCACCAGCAGCUGGUCCCGUACUCCGGCCCCCCCGCCGCGCCCGCCCAAGGGGGCGGGGCUAAGUCCGGGGGCAUGUCCAAGUCCUGGGGGAACAACAACAACCACAGCCUCAUGCUGGAGGAGCAGUUUGACGGACAGGCGGCGACGCUACGGCGGCACGAGGGCUACCACACGCUGCAGUACCGGCGCUGCGCCGCAGGGGGGGGCGGGGCCGGCGGGGAGCACCCGCGCAGCGACUCCCCCGGGCGCAUCCGGCACCUGGUGCACUCGGUGCAGAAGCUGUUCGCCAAGUCCCACUCCCUGGGGGCCGGGGGGAGGGCCGGCGGCAAGGGCGGCCCGGACGACCCCGGCUUCCUCCCGCCGUCCUCCUCCUCCUCCUCCUUCUCCGGCACCCUGAAGCAGCACGGCCGCCGCAGCAAGAGCAAGGACCGCUCCCGCUCGGAGCCCAAGAUGCGCUCGGCCACGUCGGGCUACUGGAGCUCCGACGACACGCUGGACCGCGAGCUGUGCCUCUACCACCCCCCCCUCCCUCCCCCGGCGGGGGGCGGGGGCGGGGGUAGGCCCCACCCCUCGGGCGUCAUGACGAUGGGGCGCCACCCCGAGAGGUCUCAGUCCCAGCAGUUCUUCAUGGAGUCCUACAACACCAUCAGCGCCACCCACCACACGCUCAAGAUGUCCCGCAGCAACAACAAUGUCAAGUGCACCUCCUGCGCCGUGGGGGCGGCGGGGGAGGAGGGGGGGGAGUGGUGGGGCUGGGGGGAGGAGGAGGAGGGGGAGGGGGGGGCUGCCGACGGAGCCCUCCAGCAGAGGAAGAGCUCGUGGUCGUCCAGCCUGACGGUGAGCAGGGCCAAAGAGGUGUACCAGAAGGUGGACCUCGACAACGCCCUGGUCCCGGCUCAGCAGGGCCGCACGUGUCACUUCCUGCAGGUCCCCCAGCAGGAGGACUGGAGCCCCUUCUCUCCUCUGGGCAAGGAGGAGGAGAUCCCGUGUCGCCGGAUGAGGAGCGGGAGCUACGUGCGGGCCAUGGGGGAGGAGGACAGCGGCGACUCAGAGGGCAGCCCCAAGGCCCUGCCCAAGGUCCAGGCCCGCCGCGCCAGCUACCUGAAGGCCACCCAGCCCUCGCUCACAGAGAUGGCCACGCUGCAGAUCUCGUCAGAACAUUCCCCCAAACUCCAGAUCCGUAGCCAUAGUUACCUACGGGCGGUCAGCGAGGUGUCAAUCAACCGCAGCGUGGACGCCGUGGUCCCCGCCCACCUCCUCGCCUCGUCACCAAAGUUCCGUUCGCGUAACGAGAGCUACAUGAGAGCCAUGAGCACCAUCAGCCAGGUGAGUGAGGUGGAGGUGAACGGCCAGAUGGAGGCUGUGUGUGAGUCGGUGUUCAGUGAGUUGGAGUCCCAGGCCAUGCGGUCCCUGGAGCUGCCCGGGCAGGGCUGCUUCCGCAUGCGCAGCCACAGCUACGUCCGAGCCAUUGAGAAGGGGUGCACGCAGGAGGAGGAGGAGGCCGCCGCCGCCGCCGCCGCCGCCGCCGCCGCAGCAGGAGGAGGAGGGGGAGGAGGAGCAGGGAGGAGCUGCAUCGCUCCUCCAAGGACCACCACCACUGUCCGCACCAUCCAGAGCAGCACAGGUACACACACACACACACACACACACACACACACACACACACACACACACACACACACACACACACACACACACACACACACACACACACACACGCACACACCCUGGUACACACACACAGUGAGUUUGUAUUCUGCUGUGUGUUACAUACUGAAUUAUGUAAAAAGUGCACUCCAUUAUAUGUACUUUCAGUUCUCAAACAUGGAUGUGUUGUCGUUCAUAAUGGAUAAGAUUGGAGUAGAGGAUGCUCAGUCUGUGGUGAAGAAAGAGCCAGGCUUUAACUGCCAGAGACACCUGUAUAUGUACACACAACCACACACACAGGCACACAAACACGCACCCUCACACGACCACACACAAACAAACACACACACACACACACAUAAAGCUAGUCUCUCCAGACCUGCAGCAUCAGCAUCGUAUCCCUCUGUCUCCCCAUCUCUCCUCUCCCGGGCGUUGCAUAGUUACCGGAGGAUGACGCGCUCCAACAGCGUCACCGCGGCUGUGCAGGCGGACAUGGACGAGCCGGCCCCUCCCCCUUCCAUGCCCACCCCCCGCUGCUCCACCAUGCCGCGAGGCUGGUCCCGCGACGCCACCUCCACCACCUCCUCCACCUCCACGGUCAGCAUCCAGGGCUCGGGGAACCACUACCACGCCUGCAGCGGAGACGACUACAGCGACCCGGGCUUCGACCCCUCAAUCCUGCCGCCUCCCGACCCCUGGAUGGACGCCGGAUCAGAGGGGGAGGAGCUAGAGCUGGGGGGCGAGGGGAGGUCUCUGUGUCCACGGGACGGGCUCUGGUUCUUGAAGCUGCUCCGGGCGGAGACGGAGCGCAUGGAAGGGUGGUGUCACCAGAUGGAGAGUGAGGAGGUGGACCACCAGCUCCCUGAGGAGAUCCAGGGGAAGAUCCGCAGUGCUGUGGGCUCGGCUCAGCUCCUCAUGAACCAAAAGUUCCAGCAGUUCAGAGAACUCUGUGAGGAGAACCUGAACCCAGACACACGGCCGCGGCCGGUCUCUCAGGACCUGGCCGGGUUCUGGGAUAUGCUGCAGCUGUCCAUCGAGAACAUCAGCCUCAAGUUUGACGAGCUGCACCAGCUGAAGGCCAACCACUGGAAACCCCUGGAGCCUCCUCCCAUUAAGGAGAGGAAGAUGGCCCCUGUCGUGCCAAAGAAGCCCCAGAAGGGGCACCCUCCCCUGGCUAGAGACCGCUCGCUGGAGAGCUCUGAGCGCCAGCGGCUGGAGGCCCGCAAACGCCUGCUAGCCGCUAAGCGCGCCGCAUCCGUCCGCCAGAGCUCCGCCACGGAGAGCGCCGACAGCAUCGAGAUCUACAUCCCCGAGGCCCAGACCCGGCUAUGAGACGAUUACACACACAACAGCAUAGACACGCAUACACACACAUCAUCCGCAUACAGGCACAUACACACUCGCAUCAUCGACAUGCAGAUACACACAUGUAGAUAGAUACACACACACACAUACACUGGAUACACACAUACACAUAAAAGAAUACUGAACACACAGACUCACCAGUGCAGGUGUGUCUCCUAUAGCAAUACUUGGCAGGUGCUUUGAGCAAAGCGCAGGGGGUACCUCGGUCCCCAGGGUGGUGGUUGCGGCUACAGAACCAGGCCGCAACCAGAUCUGUAUUUGUUAGGGUUUAUUUGGAUUUAUUUAUGUAUUUAAUCUCCUCUACUCCACCCAGUUGGGAUGUAGCACCCCCCCCCCCCCCCCCUCUCCCCCCACCAGACGCUACUAGUGACUUCUGUAUUCCUACGACCCUGUGACCCCAUCAGGUGACCCGCUAUUACAGAGCUAGCUGCUGGCCUCCAGCUAACAACACUAGCCUCAGAUAAACCCUGCUAGUACUGCGAGCAUUGCUAGACUUUGCUAGCCCCCUGCUAGUAGCACUAGCAACACUAGCCUCAAUUUACCCCUGCUAGUACUGCUAGCACAGCUUGCCUUUGCUAGGCCUCAUUAGUACCGUUAGCACCCUAGCCUCAGUUUGCCCCUGCUAGUAGCACUAGCACCGGUAGUCUGCUAGCACCGCAUGAUGCUCUGUAAAUACUGUGUUUAUUGUGCCGUUAAAUACAGCACAGCAGAGAAAGGUGUGUGUGUGUGUGUGUGUGUGUGUGUGUGUGUGUGUGUGUGUGUGUGUGUGUGUGUGUGUGUGUGUGUGUGUGUGUGUGUGUGUGUGUGUGUGUGUGUGUGUGUGUGUGUGUGCUUGCGUAACACGCUGCCAAUCAUUUUGCCAUGUCAGUAUGGAGUUUGUUUGCAACAGACAGACACUAAAACGUAUGAAUGUGUGAUCGAACAUGAAAAUAAGACCAUAUUGAAGGUUACUCUCUAGUGAAACUAAUUUUCCUGUCACUUCAACCACUGUUUGGCUCAUAUAUGUCAGCCAAUCAAAAUUAUUCUGAGGGGAUUGCUCCCGUAGAGAUGGGUCCCAUGGUUUGACUGUUGCUCUUUAAUUAGGUGAUAACUUGUCAAACUGUUGUUUUACAGUUCUAUGAGCGCCAAGUGGGUAAAGUAAGUGAUGACGGCUUAACGCCCAAAUACAGGUCCAUAACUAACCUGGGAUUUAGUCAUCGGGUCUUUAAACCUGUACUUAUUUGUAACCAGGGCAACAGAACACAACAACCAAUGAAUCCCACACCUGGUAGACUGCUACUUCUAAACUACUGGCUGGCAUGCUAGUGAGCUAGCUAGCAUGCCAAUAAUUGGCAUCAUAAUAGGUGGCAGGCUAAUAGCUAGCGUUUCACUAGUUAGCUUGCUAAUAAAAAAUCCCUUAUGUGGAGCGCCAAUUCUGUGUGUGUGUGUGUGUGUGUAUGCACUUGUAUGUGUAUGUGUGUUUGUAUGUGUGUGAGUGUGUGUGUGUGUUAAAACACUCAUUUCAAGAGUUCUUCCUAUUUUUGUAGGUCCAACGUGGCCUGUUGAAUAAUAAUAAUAACCAGUAUAGACGACUUCUCCUCCGCAUACAUGAUAUAUUCUAUAUUCUAUAUUUAUUCUGCGCUUCGAGCGUCUUUUGGUUUGUUGUGAGAACCGACAGGACCGCACGCAUGCCGUCUCUCACCUGUGUUCGGUUGGGUUCUGUUUAGGUUCUGGUGUUGUGUUCCACCGUCUGCGUCACUCUCUGGAAUGUUCUUCAGGAGAACACAGAGAGACUGGGAGAGAACCUCUCUCUCCACAUUCUCCUCCCAAAACCCGGAGUCUUUCUAACGCCACUCCUGAUGUUUUAUAUCAACCUUUUAUUUAUGGAGUAGGAUUUUUAAAAUGACUGUUUAUGAACAUUGUGAAUAUUGAUAUUAUGCACUGAGGACAUGGCCCUUCAACUGUGUCUGUGUUUUGUUUUUGUUUUAAACUUUUUAUUUUAUUUGUUCUCCUCUGCUUCUCUGUCAUCAGCCUUAAUUUACCUAUUGAGCACAACAGCAGCCUCAGGGGAACCGUGUGUGUGUGUGUGUGUGUGUGUGUGUGUGUGUGUGUGUGUGUGUGUGUGUGUGUGUGUGUGUGUGUGUCCUUGUGUGUGUGCCUGUGUGUGUCUGACUGUGUUACCCAUGAGCAGUGUUAGUUUCCCCGGGUCAGGAUCUUUCGGGGUUCGAACCCACAACCUCCUCUGUCCGUUGAGUUCUCAGUUACUAAAGUUCAGUCUAUCUCUUGUUUAGUGGGUUUUGACUAGAGAAACGCCAAAAGGUUUGAAGUCUGGUGCCAUUGGGGGCAAUGAGAGGCGAGCCUGCUGCCUCCAUCACUAGAAGAAGGGAGAGAGAGAGAUUGUACGUGAGCAAACAUAGGCGAAUUUGUCUCACUUCUGCCAUAUGAUCAAGAGUCUUUAUUUAUCUGUUUAUUUUGUACGAAUAUUUUGGAACUUCAAUUUGAAUAGUGUGUAAAAUGUUUGACCUCCUAUCUGUCCUGUUCCGUGUGUAACAUAUCAGAACCGAGCUCCCUGUCAUCCCUGGGUGUCACCCAGGAACCCAGAAUGUUGGAUUGUGGGUAACAGCCAAAAUUGAACAGAGACUCUCCAGCAAUCCGACACUUCUACGGUUUUGGCAUCUAGAAGGAUCAGAGAAACCGUUCAACUGGACAUCAUUUGUACAUAAAUUAAUGUUUCCUUUAUGUAAAUGUUAAAAAGUAAUUCUAAUAUAAUUAAGUAGUUAUACUUAUUUUCUAAUUAAUAUUACUACACUGUUCAUGUCAUGGCACGUGUAUUAAACUCUAUCAGCAUUACAAUAAAUAUCUAUAUCUAUAUCUAUAUAUAUAUAUACAUAUAUAUAUAUAUAUCGCUAUCA